CGCUUCGAAAUCAAAUCCCUUUCCCUCGACUCGCGCACCUCCCUCAACCUUCGUAACGCUGCUUCCAUCCCACCUUCGCCGUUGCCGACUACCGGCCGGCCUCCUUCGCCUGUAGCGGAAGACCCCUCCACAGUAUCCGCACACCUCUUACCCUAGCGACGGGCCACAAGCGGCUCGGUGACCGACCCUGCUGUGGCGUGUCGAAGCCUUGCUGGCGGGAAGAGCAGGCAGAGGGGGAGAGAGAGAGAGAGAGAGAGAGAGAGAGAUCUCGAUCCCAACUACUUGAUGCCUCAUCCUUGAGCGCCGACAGCUAUGUGCGUUGUCCCUUGCUUUCCCUUGAGCAGAUGACCCCGAGACUCGCCGCUUCUUCCCCAAACAAUGUGAGGGAUAACUUCCCGUAGUAUCCGAUCCCUACUCCUUCAUCACGGGGUUUCGCAGCAGCAAUUGGUGCUUCGAUUAUGCUUGUGUGUGACCGACAAGCAUCGCAGAAGCCUGCAACUGGUGUGCCGUCAUCGGUAGGGAACAAGUAGAGUCAAGGAUAUUUGAGGUUUGAUCCUCACCUUUGUUUAUGUUGUGUUGCCUUUGAGGCAAUGAGCUUACGGGGUUCUCUGAUAUGCGGUUGUGUGAAUAUAUUGUGAUGACAAUUGAGGCCGUGUGGUGUUAUGUUUGAGGUGAGGUAAUGUGUUAUCUAUAUGGAACCUGUCUUACCAUCAAGUUGUGGUCUUAGGGUGGGAUUAUGCAACAUAAUAUGGAGAGAUUACUGUGCUCAUGCAAUCUAUGUGCAGUUCAUAUUGCACCCGUUGUGGAGAAUUAUGAAAGAUUUGCACUGAGUUGAGAACUGACUACAUGUACACGUUGUGUUUGAUCUAUUCUAAGCAUUGAAUUAGAGCGAUCUACUAUAUGGGAUCGUGACAUUAGAAUGGACCUGAAUAGAAGCUUUGGUUAUUAAAGCUUGGCGAAGUGGUCAAGGUUAAGCACAAGCAAUUUCGUGGCCAUGGAGAUUAUUUAAUUGAUUAAUUAUAGAUGGCAAAAUUAAAAGUUUUUAAUUUUCAUUUAGUUUGGUGGUUACUCAUAGACAAUGAUGAUGUAGCAACUACAAGUUGAUGCCUACAAACUGGAAUUGAAGAAUAACAACAAUUGUUCCUGCAGGUCGAUUCAUUUAUGAUUUCCCACUAACAUAAACAUAUAUGAGGCAGGAAACAGAGUACAAUGCAGUGUGCAGUGAUUGAGGGUGAGAAUAAGGGAUGAGUGAGCCAACAAUGAGGCAGAUGGAAGGCGAGACGAAGAGGAAUGACUUGGACAGCUUAAUCAAAGCCAUUAAAUCUUCAAAUGCUUUGGAGUGCCAAAUCUCACUGCUCAGCCAACUUGGAAAUUUCGACCAAUCUGCAGACCAGACUAUUUUACUUCAAUAUCUUUCAGAAUUGUGGGAUGACUCUACAUGCUUGAGUCAGUCUCAGUGUGUGUUAAACAAAACAAUUUUGAGCAUAGUUUCAAAGUACCUGGAAGCAGAUAUAUCUGGUUGUGCCAGCCAAUUUAUUGUUCUUGGCACAAAGGCAAAUAAAUGGUGUGAAAGGCAUCUCAAUUUAAUACUUCAUUCAAAUGGUGCAUCUCAAGAUGAAAAUCUCUCUGUCAUGUUUUCUCAGAAAAUUCCCGCAAUUGCUUCAGAGGUACUUAAGCUGUCCCAAGUCAUAUCAGAUGCUGCAGUAAAGCUUUGCAGGACUUAUUUUCAAGCCAUUAAAUUGGAAACUUGUGGAAUAAAAAAUUGCAAAAACAAUGGAAGCGCUGAGGAAGAAUUAGAUAUUGCUAGCCAUGUAAUUGACAUGGUAGUAAGCACUAUAAAGUACUUGUAUGAUCUGGGAUUGUUUGCUGCUUCUGGUGGAGGAAGUCUGGUUACUCUACUCAAUGUGUCAUGGAAAGGUGUUGUUUCUUUGCUGCAGCUUGCCAAAGGGUAUUUAUCUGGAAAGAUAGAUGUAGCUGAUAUUAUUUUGAACCUUGUUUCUAUGGCCAUUGAAUCUUUGAGAUGUGCUGCUGAAGCAUGGUCCUUGACGUUAAAUGAAAAGAUUGCAAGUGCUGAUGCUAAAAGAACCUUUCUCCCAAUAAAAUUUUACCUGAUAAAUGCUGUACGGAUUUCAUCUGACUAUCCACAUGAGGCCCUUGCGGUACACAGGGAUUUAAUUAGUUGUUCUUUGCUCAUUUUAUCUCUAGGCAUUUCAUUUAGCAAAGACGCCAAAUUCAGGGCUGCAAGUGAAACUCUAGCAGAGUUUCUGGAACCGACAUCAUUACUUCUCCUGCAUACACUUCUAAAUACAAGCAAUAUAAAAUUGGAGUCAAGACUCCUAAUUUUGGAUGCACUUUUCUGUGCUGAAAAUGAUCCUACAUCUACUUCUGUGGAAGAUGUUUACAGUUCUGCUAGAUCAGAUAUGCUAGGGAGCAUAUUUCUUGUAAACUGUGAUAAUAUUUUCACUGCUGAAGCUGUAAAAAUAGGACGACUUGUGCUUUUUCUGAAUCUUUUUAAGACUUCUGCAGUUCUAAAAGAGGAAAUAGUAGUUGCAAUCUCUGGGAAGCUAGAACUACUUCUAGAUAUGUUGAUGCAUGAAGAAGUGUACUCCCUAGCUCUUGGUCUUGAGAUCCCCCUCUUUUGUGGUUUGGCACAAGGCUCUGGAGUAACUUGGCAGCCAAUGUUCUCUUUCAUCUUGCUAUCCUUGAAGACUUUUAUGAUUAUUUCAGCUUCUUAUUCUACAGCUUGGAUGAAGGUUGAAGCCUUCCUAUUUGAGAAUAUUUUUCACCCUCACUUUCUCUGUCUAGAAAUUAUCACAGAAAUGUGGUGCUUCCUUUUGAGUCAUGCUGAAACAAGUAUGUCUGAUUUCAUUCUUGAUAGGGUUGGUUCAAUACUAAAGCUUGUAGCAUCAUCAGAUCCCAAUCUUGGACCUCUAAGUGUUCUGAGAAAGAUAUCACGGCUCGUAUGCAUCCUGCUUUCUUAUGUGUCUCCCGCUUCCAUUGACAGAUUUUACAAUAAGUUUUUUUUCAGUGAAGAUAACUCUAAUUUGACAAAGAUUGUAUCUGUAGCAUUACUCAUGGAGGGUUUCCCUCUGGAUUUAUUAGUUGAUGAUAGCAAAUUGAUUGCCAUCCAAAAGUUAGUUACUUCAUUUUAUCAUUUCAUAGAGAGCAAAACCAAUGAACAGGCACUGCUACGGAAUGAGUCAGAUGUAUAUGAUUCCAGUAACCUUGGACUACCUGUGCAUGCACUAUCCUCUGCCUUACAGUGUAGUCAGGUUAAGGAUUCUGAUAUUGCUGAUGACGAGAAUAUGCCAAAGAUCGUAAACUUUGCAGUUUUAGUCAUUCACGAGUAUAGAAGCACAACCAAUGUGAACAAGUACCCUUUGGCUAAACUUCUUAGUGCAAUUUUGUUUAUCAUCUCAAGCAUGAGGAAUCAUUAUGGUUCUCUGGAACUUGAAAAACUAAUUGUAGAGUUACGCAACCUUGUGGGAUGUCCUACAGAUGUUGAUGAUGCAUUGCAUCACUGCAUGGGAUCCAUUUCUUCUUUCAUAGCUAGUCUUAGCUACAUGGAAAUAGCAGAAGAUGAAAGUCAGACACUUUGUCGUUCAAUAUGGGAUCUGUAUCAUAUGUUACUAAGGGAACGCCAUUGGGCAAUUGCUCAUCUUGCUCUAGUAGCUUUCAGUUAUUUUGCUGCUCACACUUCCUGUGCGCAGCUUUGGAGAUUUGUUCCUCGUGAAGCGACUCUUUCAUUUGAUACCUGCACAGGCACUGAAGCAAGUGAAGAUAGGUUUAUGUCUGAGUUGAAAUGUGUUCUUGAAAAAUCUGCAGCUUUACACGAGGUUGUUCCAGCCAAAGAACUAUUAGUUCUUGUGCAAGAAGGGACCGAGUUGAGAAGAGUAGUAGCCAAACUAAUUGUCACUAAUCCACAGGUUUCUUUCUCGAAACAAAGUGUGAACCAUGACAAAAACAAGAAAAGGAAGCUUGUGGAUAGAAUUUCUGAAGGAAUUGGGCUACUCCAGAAUGGACUGAAGGUUAUGAACAAUGCACUUGAUCAAUCUGAUGCCACAGAUUUGAAAAAUACAUUCUCGCCACAUGUCUCGUCCCUUGAGGAUAUGCUGUCUCAUUUAACAGGUCUAACGAAUCGGAUUGAGUACAAUUCAGAUAAUGCCUGGGAAAAGAAUGACAUAACUUAGACCAGAAUAUUGCUGCAAGGAUAUUGACUGCUGAUGAUUCUGUUGUCAACUUUGCGAUAACCUACAUCAUACUGUGAACUUAGUUGAUACUCAGAAAGCAAAGACAAAUUUAAUCCAUUUCGGUAUGUUUUUCAGCAUCUUCCUUCACUCGGUAGAGAACUGUGAACUUGGAAUGCACUGUGGUCGAACUGUAGCUAAUCCUUGAUUGGAGCAAAAUUAGAUGAAACCUAUAUUAGUUAAAUUUUAGUCGAUUGUAUCUUUGGUCUAAAUCUCUUUGAACAAAGGUAGCUCGCUUGAUUUAUUACUCACUA